CGAAAACUUUUCUCCAGCCAGUGAAGGGCGUCUUCCUGCGGUGCACCGUCUUCCGCUUCCCUACUGUCUAGGUGACAAAUGACCUCAUAUGAGGUCACUUUUCAACUUAUUUUUCUCGACUUGUGCUAGCUCAACAAGAUGGAAAAAAGAUACUCUCGACACGGCAGUUGACUUCUGCGUUGUAGAAGGGUGGAGUUUGGUGAGAUCUGCACGUCUUCUCCAGCCAUUUUUAAAAUGCCCAAAAAGGAGCCUUUUUUGACCAACCUCAAAACGUUUUAUGUUGAUAUCUUCGAAACCAAAACGCCUGUUUAAAAAGACAACUCAUCAUUGAUACUUCAUUAGAUUCUUAGUCUCUCUGUGCAUUGACAACCGCCAUCCCAAUGUUUUGCAAGAUGUUAUUGCCGAGCGCGUAUUCGUUAAAGAAAUGGUGUCCAAACUGAAUGUUUUAAAGUUUCGAUUUAAUUUAUAUAUUUUUGCAAAAAAAAAGCUGGCCUCAUAUGGGGUCAAAUUGCUUGUCGUCUAGACACUAGCCAUGUCCAAGUAUCUAUAUGCCCGCACGAGAUCUGAACGAUCAUCGACUUUCGCGGUUAAGCUGUACAACCCAUCAAUGUCAGCUAUGUCCAUUUUCUGUGCAUAGACCUCCGACAAUUCUCAGUUGCACCAGUGCACAUCAAACAAAGGAUAGCUUGCGAAAGAGCUGUCAAAAUCAAAAAACCGGAACCCUAGACCCUCAUCGGCACUCUUCCUGGUUAGGUUCCCUUCUAACUGGUCAUUUUGUAUCAAACAAUUAGGCAUUUCCCAUCAAAUUAGUUCCGUCAGGUCUUCUUGCAGCUUGACCUUGGUGUUGGACAGCUUCUGGCUUGGUUUCGUUUCACGCACAGACAAAAGCUCCUUAGACUGAAAAAAUGAGGUCAAGUUCUCACGCAUCCACAGCGGUGAAUAACAUGGUAGCCCGGUCUGCAACAAAUCGGGCAACACAUUCCUGCUUGCGCGGUGCAGACGCACCGUAUCUCUCACCACCUGCUUACGCCCUUCAAGUUCCAAUAUACACAUGCCAGUCUCCUCACCGUGGUCGGCAAGGAUCAUUUGACGACUUUCCACGUCUGCAAACAACGGCUUGGCGACAAGAUCAGGAGCAACGCUUGACAUUAUUGACGGCACUCCAGCAUCUUUCGACGUGGAUGGGCUGCAUUUUAGGUAGUAAUCACUCUCAUUCGUCUUGAUAUUUAGCACGGCUCCUCUGUAUGACGUACGGAUCUGAACCAGAUACCCUAUCAGAUGCCAAUUGCGUCCACGCAAUAUUUCGCGCACUUUUCGAAGCGUUUCAUGGUGCCAUUCGACAGAGGCCCAAGGCACCCGUCGAGGCGGCGAAACGUUGGCUGCGGCCUGUUCCAGUUCUCGUCGAAUAGCUUGCUCCGCUCCUUUCUCCGAGUGCGAGACAUGGACGACACCGCUCCGUGAUUAUCGGUGAUGGCCACCCAACUACAUCCAGAAGGCACUCGUUCAGAUUUCUCAUGGCACCCAACAACGAGAAUACCGCGGCUUCCCGAGUCUGAACAAUCAUCGGGUUUAACGGACCACUCCUCCAAGUAAGAAUCUCGAAGAACAAUGAACGGAAAUUCUAUACCAAUGACUGUCUUAGCAGCGCUGCACACAUCAUGUAUCGGGGUGACAUCUACCGUGUCAGAAAGAAAUCCCGGAAGCCUCUAUUCUUUUAAGACCGUUUGCCACAAGCAAAACGUAUCGAUUGCUCAUAUCAAAGGUGAGAAGUUGCACCUCAUUGACCGAAUCCCUUUCACAGCGUGCCCUGGACGACUCGUAGAUAGGCUGUUCGCUGCGGAACAUGUGUUCCAAUCCUGGGAGCAAUCUUGCAUGCCCUUUCCGUCGCCCUUGUGAUAUUUUCCAAUAAAAUCUUUUGUGCUCGUU